AUGUCUGAGCAUCCACGUAGUUGUAUUUCGGACGGCGAAGAAGAGCCUGAUGAUUGUCAGAACGACUAUCCUAUCUGUGACAAUUAUGCCGACAUUCGCAAGAAUCUCUUAUAUGAAUUUGAUGUUGUCACAAAAGAAAAGACCUCUUCCGGAACUUCUGGGAGAGAAUGCGUGAAGGUUUAUUUACGAGCACGGCCAUUUAGUAGCGAAGAACUCGAGGCAAACGAAGAUCAACAAUGUGUAGAGAGAGAAAGCCGUACCACGGUUUUGAUGAAGGCGCCAAAGGAAUCGUUCGCAUUUAAAAACAGCACUCGCGCUGGCGGUGAGAUUUCGCAUCGAUUUUCGUUCACAAAUGUGUUUAGUGAGGAUACAACACAGAAAGAGUUCUUCGAUGAAACAACUCUUCCUCUUGUGACGGACUUCAUAAACGGACAAAAUUGUUUGGUUUUCACCUACGGGGUGGCAAACUCGGGUAAGACUUACACAAUUCAGGGAACCCCCAAAGAUGGUGGGAUUCUACCUCGAAGUCUUGAUGUGCUGUUCAACAGUAUAGCGGGAAAGAGUUAUGAGAGAAUGAACCUCAAACCAAGAUUCUGCACAGAUAUUAUUAGGCUUACAGAUGACGAGGAACAGAAGGAGAAUAAUUUCAAGAGUGCGUUACUCUCGUCUCUCAACAAAGUGAGUUACAAGUCUUCCAUUGAUAACAAGGAGAAUGUCUCCAGGGUUGCAGAUGACACCACAAUCAAUGUAGAUACACAAGGACCAGUUAAAUUCUCUGUUUGGGUUUCUUUCGCCGAAAUCUACAAUGAAACAAUCUUUGAUCUGUUGGAGCCAUAUCCUACAGGGAUCGGUAAAAAAAGAACAGCACUCAGACUAGGUGAUGACUCAAAUGGGAAUCCCUAUAUCAAAGGAUUGAGAGAAAUUUACGUCUCCAAUGCUGAUGAAGCCUACAAGAUUCUUAAGAUUGGCCAGAACAAUCAAAGAAUAGCUUCCACAAAGUUAAAUCAAUGUUCCAGUCGUAGUCACUGUAUCUUCAGCAUUAAAGUUCUGCGAGUUGUAGAUGUUGAUGAUCCUCACGUAGCAAGAGUUAGCAGACUUUCAUUUGUGGAUUUAGCAGGAUCUGAGCGCUACUCAAAAACCCAGAGCAAGGGAGACAGACUCAAAGAAGCUGGUAAUAUCAACACCUCCUUGAUGACUUUGGGAAAAUGCUUGGAAUAUUUACGUUACAAUCAGAAAAACUCGAAUCAACCACUUAUCAUCCCAUUCCGUGAAAGUAAACUCACCAGACUGUUCCAGGGAUUUUUCUGUGGAAAAGGAAGGGCUGCUUUGAUUGUCAAUGUUAACAUGUGCGCUUCCAUGUUUGAUGAAACAUUCCAUGUCAUGAAGUUUUCGGCUAUUGCCAAAAAGGUGAGAAAAUAUGUGGCAGCUACACCAUGUUCAAAACCAGCUAGGCCCUCUGUGCCAUGGAUCAAAGGGGCUCUUUACACCUCAGUCCCUUGUGAUGAUACCCUCACAAAUGUUGAUGAAGAUAUAGAGGAGGAAAGUCAACUUGUGGGCUUAGUUAAAGUUCUCCAAGAACAACUGAUUGAAGAGAAACGCAAGAUGCAGACUCUGGAAAUAAAGAUACGAGAAGAAGUUUGCAAGGAAAUGGCUGAACAACUUGUUUCCAUCGAGGAUGCCUACAGUCCCCGUGUUAAAAUGGAGGUAAACACUGUAGAGGAAAAGUCUGACUGCAGGAUUGAACCUCUCACGCAGUUGGUUAAGAAGUCUAGAAAAAGGGCCCGGAUCGAAAGAGCAGAAGACGACGAUGAGGAAUGGGUGCCAAGUAUGUUUUUACAUGCAGAGCAGACUAAGGUGUGGGAGCAACAACGACUCGUAGGUGUACUGAAUGCACAGAUUGCUGAGUUGCGCCACGAAAUCAAACAACUAAAAGAAAACAAACAAGACAAGGUAGCGACCUCAGAGGCAGUUUUGGAACUGCAGGCUCAUUUCAAUCCCGCUAACGAGGAAGCCGCAGAACUUAAACAGAUGCUUGAAGAGGCUGGCGAAGCAUUCUCUGAGAAAGAAGCCGAGAUAAGUAAACUGAAAGCAGCACUUGAUGAACAGGAAGCUUGCAUUAAAAAACAGAUGCGUUCGAGGCGAUAG